AUGAAAAAAGUUUAUGAUUGGAAUACUGAUGUAGUUGUUAAAAUACCUAAAUUGUAAAAAACUGUUAUACUAAAAGGACUUACUGUUCAUUCUUUCAUCAAAGAAUUACAAAUAUAGAUUUGCGAAAAUCUUAGCUUAGAUCCAUUAAUAACAGUAAUGAGCUUUUAUAAAUCAGGGUAAAAAGAGCCACUUAAGCCCUAGUCUACUUUAUAUUAGCAUAGAAUACGAAAUAAUGAAGCUAUUCUAUGCGAUGUAAAAAGUAUGACUAACUAAGUUAUUUCUCCUUCAGUUUAUACUCAAGAUUUUUAAUUAUUUGGAGUUGGAGAACUUCAUAAAUAUAAUCCAGCAUAACCUUAAAAAUUAAGUGGUCUAGUGAUUACAGGAUUUUGUUCUAAAUAAGGGUGUUUAGAUUUUAGUAAAGAUAAAAAUAUAGCCUUAGGAUAUGGUGUUUUUGAUAUAAAUGAUAUUCUAAAUAAUAAAUCAUGCUUAUCUUGUGGAGAAAAUAGGUUUCUUAUUAAAGACCUUAGUUUAAGUUACUGCUGCUGGAAGUAUUCAGGUAGAUAUUAUCAGUUUGAUGGGACAGUUAGAUCUGAAUCUAGAAGCCAAUUUGAAAGAAUUAAUUAAUAAAAUUAUUCAAAAUCAAUUUAUGAAACUAUUUUAAAUCGUAGAUGGAUAGAGUUAGCUUUGUUAAUAAAAUAAUUGUGA